AUGUCAACCAAAUCCACCCCCACCGUCCAGCAGAUCCUCUCACUUCUCAAGACGCUUCCCAAGGACAGAAUAAAGCACUAUGCCUCGUUUAAAGAUACCCAAAUCGAUCGGUUCUCGAAUAAAGAAAUCACCUCCAAUAUCCUGGACCACGACAUGAGAUUACAAUAUAUGGCUUUACGCAAUUUGGUGAACGACAAGUAUAAGAGGUACUACAAAUUGGACGACAAGCUCUUGAAACCAAAGGGAAACCCACGUUACUACGACCGGAUCAUGAGUGAAAUCAAAGGUGAAAAAAAGGAGACGUUUUGGACGGCCAUACGAACGGUUGUAUUUGGCCAGUAA